AUGUCAAAAAGAUCAGCUAGUGUUGGCAAUACGCCUGUUAAAAGAAAGCAUUUGCAUUCCACUUUGAAUCAUAAGUUUGUGAGUAUCAAUUCACAAGAUGAUUACAAGCAUUUCUACAAAUCCGUGGUUCCAUUAGAUAUAUUUGUAUGGGGUACUGGUUCUAUGUGUGAAUUGGGUCUUGGUCCUCUAGCUAAAAACAAGGAAGUGAAAAGACCUAGAUUGAACCCAUUGCUACCAAAAGAUGAAGCAAAGAUCGUGUCAUUCGCAGCUGGAGGUAUGCAUACUUUAGCUUUGGACUCAGACAACAACAUCUGGUCCUGGGGUACCAAUGACUCUGCUGCUUUGGGUAGGGACACUAGUGGUGCUGCUGAAAACUUGAAGGAUAUGGAUGCAGAUGCUAGUGACGAUGAAGAUGGUGAUCUAAACGAGUUGGAAUCUACUCCAACCAAAAUUCCAAGGGAAUCAUUGCCCCUGGAUGAACUAAAAUGUGUUCAGAUAGCAGCUACAGAUAACAUGUCUGCUGCGCUCUUUGAAAACGGUGAUGUUUAUGCAUGGGGUACCUUCCGUUGCAACGAGGGUAUCUUGGGGUUCUACAAAGACCAAAUCAAAAUCCAAAAAGAGCCAUGGAAGGUUCCAAACUUCUCCAAAAAGGCUAAGAUCGUCCAAUUGGCUGCUGGUAAGGACCACAUUUUGUUCUUAGAUGAAACUGGUAUUGUUUACGCCUGGGGUAAUGGUCAGCAACAGCAAUUGGGUAGGAAAAUUUUAGAGCGCUCUCGUUUGAGAACUUUAGAUCCAAGACCAUUCGGUUUGGAUAACAUCAAAUACAUUGCAUCUGGUGAAAAUCACUCUUUUGCCCUUGCUACUGACGGGAAACUAUAUGCAUGGGGUUUGAACCAAUUUGGUCAGUGUGGUAUCUCUACUGAAAUUGAGGAUGGUUCUUUAGUAAGCGUUCCAACCGAAGUUAUUCUACCAGAAGACGUUCAAGUCGACUCAGUUGCAGCCGGUGAACAUCACACUUUGAUCCUAUCAAAAUCUGGUGAUUUGUAUUCUUGUGGUAGACUAGAUAUGUUCGAAGUUGGUAUCUCAAAGGAUAAACUACCUGAAUAUACUUACAAGGAUGCCCAUGGAAAGGCCCGUUCCAUUCCUUUGCCAACGAAGUUAGAAGAUGUGCCAAAGUUCAAAGCCAUUGCAGCUGGCUCUCACCAUUCUUUGGCUAUUGCUAAGAAUGGUAUUGUAUACUCAUGGGGUUUCGGAGAAACCUAUGCUGUUGGGCUUGGUCCAGCCGGUGAAGAUAUCGAAACACCAACUAGAAUAAAAAAUACUGCAACCCAAGAUCACAGCAUUGUUUUUGUUGGUUGUGGUGGUCAAUUCUCCAUCUCUGGGGGUAUUAAAUUAUCUGAUGAAGAAGCUGAAAAGAGAGCUGAUGAGAUGGAUGAUUAA